GUAAAUAAAUCCCCCCGCUACCGGCUACUAAAAAAACAGUUCCACCCAGGUCCCUAUUCCCCCCGUAGCGUCAGUGUGUGGAGACGACCAUGCAGUAAUACAUCCAGGAACGGGACGAGCUUUAAAAAACAGUCAGCUCGCUUUUAAUUCGGGGUUUCAAUGUGAUGCCAGUUUAACUGAAACGGUGGUUUUAUUUUAUAUAAAGCAGAAGCCCGUGUGUAGGUCAGAUGGAGAAUCCCGAGGACUCGGCGUUUCAGAUCAGUUCCACGGUGCGGGCUCUGAGCUCCGCGCUGCGGGGAGAGUCACGCAGCGCGGCCGGCUCGGAGGCUCCGGUGGUCGGCGUGAGCAGCUCCAGCGUCCGGGGUGGGUGCCCGUGGUUCAAGGAAAGCAGCGCUAAAAACCUCCGGAGCAGAGACUUCAUCGCGCCUUCCGCGGUGCUCAACAAACUGUUCCCGGAAGGGCAGGUCCCGGAGGAGGCGGUACAGGAAGUGAUGUCGGUGCAGGACGGGGGGGUGCUUCCUGUGCAGAGUUGCGUGCGGGGACGGGCUGGGCUGCAGGUUCUGGUGGACCGCCCCGCAGUGUUCCGGAAGGUUCUGGACGAGUUCCCACGUUACCUGAGGCCCGGCCGGCCACGAGCAGGGGAGGGGAGGGGGGUGCUGCUGAACUGCACCGCCCUGCAGGGGGCUCCGGCGAGGCCAGAGGAGCUCACACUGAGUCAUCUGAGAGCCCUGCUUAUUACAGACCAUCUGGCAGAACUGCUGCGGAUGCAGGGGUACUUUGUGUCCCUGAGCCCGGCGCUGGAGGAGUGCAGUGACAUCAUCACCUUCCUCCACCAGCUGGGAGUGGAUUGGCCGACGGUGCCAGCUGGCUGGUCCAAUAGGGAGCGAGAGGCGGAACUUUGGGAGGCUCUGAGGAGUUCAGUAUACACAGAGAGAGAAGAGAGGGAGACAGGGAUGGAGAGAAGAGAGGAGAGGCAGACAGGGAGGGGAACAAGGGAAGGGGAGGAAGAGGCACAGGCUGUCAAAGAGGCAGGGGGAGGGAGAGAGGUUAGCAGAGAGACAGAGAGGGAGACCAGGGGGGAGGGUGCUGAGGAGGCAGGGGGAGGGAAAGAGGUUAGCAGAGAGACAGAGAUGGAGUCCAGGGGGGAGGGUGCUGAGGAGGCAGGAGGAGAGGCACGGAAGCAGUCUGGCAGCGCGGCCCAGGUUCGAGUGGAUCUCGGCAGACUGGUGAAGGAGAGAGGGCUGCUGGGCUUCGACCCCAACCUGGGAUCCUGCCUGGUGCAGGAACGAUGUGUUGCUCACCUAGCUGAGCUGCAGGGGGCGCUGUCUCGCUGUCAGGCCGGCCUCUGCACUGCGCUGCAUGUGGUUUGCUGUGAGGACGAGUUUCAGCUGCAGCAGACUGACCUUCUGUGGAGGAUCGCAGGGCUGGGAGGCAAGAUUGUUCAGAGGCACCUGGUGGUGGGCCCGGUGACGGCCACGGGUUUGGGGUCCAGGACCAGCGCCUCCCAGUACCUCCAACUGCGUGGAGCUCAGAUGAGAGACGCCUCCGUCAUGAAGUACGGACCUCAGGUGAACGGAGAUUCCUGGAAUGACAUCAUCAAGGUCAUGACCCUGGCCGCAGUGCGCUUUGAGCUGCUGACCACCGCACACCGCUGUCCGGUGUCCCUUGACCUCAGGAAGGAGUCCAGUGUCUCCACGAAAGGCUCUCGCAGCGGCGUGUUUGUGAUGUAUAACUGCGCGAGGCUCUCCACGCUGUUCCAGAGCUACCAGGCCUCCGUGCAGCAAGGGCUCUACCCCGAGUUUCCAGAGGCUUCCCAGCUCCAGGUCGCUGCUCUCAGGGAAGAGGGGGAGUGGCAGCUGCUCUUCAAUUACAUCAUCCCCUUCGGAGAGCUCCUCGACCAAUCAGGGCAGACCCUGCGCUCGUCCACGGGGGUGCGCAUCACGCUGGGCACGGAGGCGGUGUGUAAGUUCCUGGUUUCUCUCAGCAUGGACUUCAGCUCCUAUUACAACAGAGUGCACAUCCUGGGGGAGCCCCUGCCUCACCUCUUCAGCCAGAUGUUCGCUCGGCUACAGCUGAUGAGGGGCGUGAAGGAGCUGCUCCACUGUGCUCUGAGCACCCUGCACAUCCCCCCCCUGCACCAGAUCUAGAGACACCUCCUCACCCAGACCUGCACACCCCCCUGCACCAGAUCUAGAGACACCUCCUCACCCAGACCUGCACACCCCCCUGCACCAGAUCUAGAGACACCUCCUCACCCAGACCUGCACACCCCCCCCGCACCAGAUCUAGAGACACCUCCUCACCCAGACCUGCACACCCCCCCCCCGCACCAGAUCUAGAGACACCUCCUCACCCAGACCUGCACUAGUUCACUAGCUCUGCCUACCUCUCCCCUUGGAGGUCUGGGUUCAAACCAGCUCACAGGACAGGUGAACUGAGUUUGAAACCAGACCCACAGCAUGACUGGUGUUCUCUGAAUAAGAGACUUAAAAAAAGAAUUGAUAAAUAAACCCCAGCGUUGUGUUUGAAGUCUUGUGUUGUGUGCUUGUUUUGUUUCUCCACGGCGUCUGUUUGUUUGAAUCUGUCAGAUACAACAGAAGUGACUCUUUUAUUGGAUAUUUUAAAGGCAGGAAUCACCUCCAUGU